AUGAGCUUUUUAUUUCGCCAGUCGAGGAGGGUCCUCUGUACGGCCAGCGCACGCACAAUUCAUGCCCGCGCCGGCUGUCUUGCUUCGUUUGACACCAGCCGGGGCUUCAGAUCAGCCGGUGCGGGGAGGUUGGAUUUUGAUCCUCCAGACUUUACAGAGUCGCAAAAGACAGUGCGCGAGGCUGUUUCCAAAAUUUGCUCCAAGUACCCGGACGAGUACUGGUUGGAACACGACAACAAACAUGAGUUUCCACAUGAUCUAUACAACGAUCUCGCGGCAGAUGGAUGGCUAGGAAUUUGCCUGCCACAAGCAUAUGGGGGCUCUGAGCUUGGAAUUGCCGAAGCUGCUGUGAUGAUGCAAACCAUUUCCGAGUCAGGAGCAGGCAUGGCCGGAGCCUCUUCUAUCCACAUGAAUAUCUUUGGUCUUGAGCCGGUGGUCAAGUUUGGGACCAACGAACAGAAGAAACGCUGGCUCCCAGAUCUAAUAGCCGGGAAGGAAAGGGCAUGUUUUGGCGUAACAGAACCGAACUCUGGUCUCGACACUUUGAAACUCCAAUCCUUUGCGCGGCGCGAAGGCGAUCACUAUGUCCUCAGCGGGUCGAAGAUCUGGAUUUCAACAGCUCAAAUUGCGCAGAAGAUUUUGAUCCUGGUUCGAACGACACCGGUGGAUCAAGUGAGCAAGCCGAGUAAGGGCCUGUCACUCUUCUACACCGACCUCGAUCGCACCCAAGUGCAGGUUACGGAGAUUCCCAAGCUGGGGCGUGCUGCCGUGGACUCCAACAUCCUCUUCUUCGAGAACUGGAAGGUGCCCGCAGAGGACCUGAUCGGCCAAGAGGGCGACGGUUUCAAGAUGAUCAUGCAUGGGAUGAAUGCUGAAAGAGUUCUUGUCGGAGUAGAGGCAUUGGGGCUAGGAUACGCCGCGCUCCGACGAGCAGCUUCGUAUGCCACAGAACGGGUCGUGUUUGAUCGGCAAAUCGGUCGCAAUCAGGGCAUUCAGCAUCCUCUUGCAGAGUCGUGGAUGUCGCUCGAGGCGGCAAGGUUGACACUAUACCUUGCGGCGAGGCUUUAUGACCAAGGACACACGACUGGCGAAUAUGCUAACGCUGGAAAAUAUCUUGCAGCAGAAGCCGCGUUUGACGCGUGCCAGAGAGCCGUCUUGACACAUGGGGGCAUGGGUUAUGCGAAAGAAUAUCACGUUGAACGCUAUCUGAGAGAAGCCAUGCUCCCGCGAAUUGCACCUGUUAGCAGGGAGAUGAUCAAGAACUACAUCGGUGAGAGAGUCUUGGGGCUGCCUCGGUCAUACUAG